CUCACUGAAAGCGGGAUGCAGCAAAAUCAGCCCCCAACCCCGCCAUCCAAACGCAACCACUCCCCUUCCCUCCUCUUCCAGUGCUCAGACCUAAUCCUCCCAUGGCUGACCCCACAAGAACUCGCCACCGUCUCUCUCACCUGCACCGCCCUCCGCGCAAUCUCCACCUCCAUCACUCUCCGCCGCGCCUCCGACGCCUCCCGAUCCCUGGAACCCCAUCCGAUCCCGUUCCAUAACUCCGUCGAUCGACACCCGUACGCCUUCGUCACCUACACCCCAUCUCAAAUCCCUCCUUCCUCUUCCCGAUUUCCACUCCGCCAAUCCUGGGGUUCCGGUUGCUCCACGCGGGGACCGAACUCGGUGGGUGAAAUUAGCGUCGAAACGUUGCGUUUGGUGGAUGAGUCGGGAGAGGGCGCGGCUGGGUGUGAUUGCGAGACGUGUGGGGAGGAGGAAGGUGGGUGUCCGUGUUCGGAGUUUGGUGGGUUUGACGGCGUCGUUUCGGAGUGUGGAUUGGGUUGUGGGUGUGGGUUGGAUUGUGGGAAUCGGGUGAGUCAGAGAGGGAUUGAGGUGAGGUUGAAGAUUGUGAAGGAUAGGAGAAAAGGGUGGAGCUUGUAUGCUGAUCAGUUCAUUCCAAAGGGUCGGUUUGUCUGUGAAUAUGCAGGUGAACUCUUGACAACAAAAGAAGCAAGGUUGCGGCAACAAGUAUAUGAUGAGUUUGCAUCAGGUGGUAAUUUUUCUCCUGCUCUUUUGGUUGUGAGGGAGCAUCUUCCAUCCAGAAAGGCGUGUUUAAGAUACAAUAUCGAUGCAACAAGAGUUGGAAAUGUAGCAAGGUUCAUCAACCAUUCGUGUGACGGUGGUAACUUAUCCACAACACUGGUCAGAAGUUCAGGUGCCUUGCUCCCACGCCUUUGCUUUUUUGCUUCAAAAGACAUACGAGAAGACGAGGAGCUUACUUUUAGCUAUGGUGAAGUUACGCUAAGGUCUAAGGGUUUAAAGUGCUUUUGCGGAAGCUCUUGUUGUCUUGGAAUGUUGCCGGCAGAGCAGACUUAGUCGCAAUUUUUGGCUCUAUAGUAAGUAAUCUGGCAAAGCAACAAAUUUUGGUUCAAAACGGAGGAAUGUCACGAAUUGUUCAGUUGUGCUACUGUAAUAUAUAAUGGAUGUAUUGGAAUUCAUUGAUUUUCUCAAUUGGCCUUUAACUAUUGUGCAUCUGGAGUUGGUUUGUUAUGUUAGAAUACAUUAGAAUAGGAAUGUGAAUAUUGUAAUUGAUUGUAUUUAGGAUUUCUUUCCUUAAUAUGUUUUCUAGAUUAAUUGUGAUUAGGGUUGUAUAGCUAUGUACACUUUCUCCUAGUGAGAGCAAUAAUAUUGAAGCGUUCACGAA